AUGUUCCGAUCAUGGUACGAUCGGCUGGACGAGAAGACAGAGUUCUGGCUCGAAUUCCAGACCGUCCACGAUGGCAUGGAUGUUCCUGGCAACCACGGAGCCAACACCGCCUUCACCUGCUUUUCUGCCCUUCCCACCGAGCUGCGACUCAAGAUAUGGGAACAACUCAUCCAGCCUCGCAUCAUCCUGGCAGCCUGCUUCGACUCGCGCUUCCGGGACGAGAAGCGCGAGCAGCUGAUGCAGCGGCCCAAGAAACGGCCCAUCCCUGUGCUGCUGCAUAUCAACCACGAGUCCCGCACCCUCGCUCUGCGACACUACGAGCUUGCUUUCGCCUGGAAGAUCCCGCACCGGCUUGCCGGCCCGGAAACGAGCGUGCUGCCCGCCAGCAAGGAGGCGCACGUGUGGUUCAACUUUGGCCUGGAUGCGCUGCUGCUGCUGGGCGAGCUCGAACCCUACGACGAAUACGGCUUCAAUUCGCCCAUGGUCUACUUCCUCCGCCGCGAGGACACGAGGCGGGUUCGGCACGUGGCCUGCGCGUUUGAGGAGCUGCAUUUGUCUCUGUACGAGUCGGACCAGGUGUUUGGCUCGCUAUUCCACAUCAUCGACAUGUUUCCUGCCGCCCAGCGCCUUUUGAUCACCAGCACCCCACAGGACGCCGAGGUGCGCCACCUGGUGCUGCCCACGACGGACAACGUCGUGCAGAAGCUCUGGUCCGCUUUUAUGAACGGAACAACAUGUAUGACGUCGUCGCUGGUCAAGCGGCAGAUACUUAUGAUCCGGGAGGCUGACUUGCCCGAGUUUAUCGUUCGACACAGCUAA